CAUCCGAGUCCUAACUGGGUCUCACUAAGCGAGGUAAGUAGUGUGUUAGUGGAAAUGGCGACGGCGAGGGCGAGGGCCGCGCUGGUGUUUGUGGCUCUGCUGCAGAUGGCGGCAGUGGUGGUGGUGCGCGCGUCGCACGUCGUCUACCCGGAGCUCCAGUCGCUGGAGGCGAAGCACGUCGACGGGAAGCUCCGGACCGGGUACCACUUCCAACCACCCAAGCACUGGAUCAACGAUCCGAACGGUCCGAUGUACUAUAAGGGCUUGUACCAUCUGUUCUACCAGUACAACCCCAAGGGCGCCGUGUGGGGGAACAUCGAGUGGGCGCACUCGGUUUCGACGGACCUGAUCGACUGGACGGCGCUGGAGCCGGGGAUCUACCCGUCCAAGACGUUCGACGAGAAGGGCUGCUGGUCGGGCUCCGCCACCGUGCUCCCCAGCGGCGUGCCGGUGAUCAUGUACACCGGCAUCGACCCCGACGAGCGGCAGGUCCAGAACGUCGCCUACCCGGUGAACCUCUCCGACCCGUACCUCCGCGAGUGGUACAAGCCCGACUACAACCCCAUCAUCAACCCGGACGGCGGCAUCAACGCCAGCGCGUUCCGCGACCCGACCACCGCCUGGUACGGGCCCGACGGCCACUGGCGGCUCCUCGUCGGCAGCAAGGUGAACAUGAAGGGGCUCGCCGUGCUGUACCGGAGCCGGGACUUCAAGAAGUGGGUCAAGGCGCACCACCCGCUGCACUCGGCGCACACCGGGAUGUGGGAGUGCCCGGACUUCUUCCCCGUCGCUGUGGCGGGCGGGAGCCGCCACUACCGCCGCGGCGUCGACACCGCCGAGCUGCACGACGCCGCCGUGGCGGAGGAGGUCAAGUACGUGCUCAAGGUGAGCCUCGACCUGACGCGGUACGAGUACUACACCGUCGGCUGGUACGACCACGCCACCGACCGGUACGUCCCCGACGCCGCCUUCCCCGACAACGACUACGGCCUCCGCUACGACUACGGCGACUUCUACGCAUCCAAGUCGUUCUACGACCCGGCCAAGCGCCGCCGCAUCGUCUGGGGCUGGGCCAACGAGUCCGACACCGUACCCGACGACCGCCGAAAGGGCUGGGCCGGCAUCCAGGCGAUACCGAGGAAGCUCUGGCUGUCGGCGGACGGGAAGCAGCUGGUGCAGUGGCCGGUGGAGGAGCUCAAGGCGCUGCGAGCCAAGCACGUCAAUGUCACUGACAAGGUCAUCAAGAAGGGCAACUACUUCGAGGUCACCGGCUUCAAGUCCGUGCAGUCGGAUGUGGAUAUGGCGUUCGCGAUCAAGGACCUGAGCAAGGCGGAGGAGUUCGACCCGGCGUGGCGGACGGACGCGGAGGCGCUGUGCAAGAAGCUCGGCUCGGACGUCGACGGCGGCGUGGGGCCGUUCGGGCUGUGGGCGCUGGCCUCCGGCGACCUCAAGGAGAGGACGGCCGUCUUCUUCAGGGUGUUCAAGGCCAACGACUCCUCGCACGUCGUCCUCAUGUGCAACGACCCUACCAGGUCAUCGUACGAGUCGAAGAUCUACAGGCCGACCUUCGCCGGCUUCGUCGACGUCGACAUCGCCAAGAACAAACAAAUCGCCCUCCGGACAUUGAUCGAUCACUCCGUGGUGGAGAGCUUCGGGGCGCGCGGCAAGACGUGCAUCCUGACGAGGGUGUACCCGAGGAAAGCCGUCGGCGACGACGCGCACCUCUUCGUCUUCAACAACGGCGAGUCGGACGUCAAGGUCACCAACCUGGACGCCUGGGAGAUGAAGACCCCGAAGAUGAACGCGGAGGAGUAGCAGCAGUAGCAAGCAGCACAUCAGCCUAGACAUGGUGGUUGUAGCAGUACUGGUAGAGUAGCCGCCUAGCCGGGCGUUUAGCUAGCUACUCUCUCCGUCCCAAAAUAAGUCCAGUUUUAACA